AUGAGACGGAUAGGUGAAGUCGCAUACCAGUUAGCGUUGCCUCCUUCACUAUCAGGACUGCAUGACGUAUUCCACGUAUCUCAGCUGCGGAAGUUUGUGCCGGACUCGUUUCAUCCUAUCCUACCAGAUACGAUUGAAGUAGAACCAGAUCUUUCAUUCCAACCGAGACCGUGUCGUAUUCUGGAGUAUGCUAGUAAGUCUUUGAGAAGCAAGGAGAUACCUCUUGUCAAGGUGUUGUGGGAAGAUUCGCGUCCUGACGAAUCUACUUGGGAGCUCGAAUCAGAGAUGCGGGAGUUGUAUCCUCACCUAUUCUGGUGGAAGGUUGAGGUCGCCGGAGAAGACGACCGGAGGGUUGACUCCGGCGUCGCUGACUUCCUUGACUAG